AUGGGGUCUGUGACGGCUUCGAGUCCAGUAGCUGAAUCUUUCGGUGAUAUAGCGGAUGACUUCUCGCAAAUCCGUGCUGCAAACAUCGCAUACUUGAUCCCUACAGCUUUUGUCUGCUACGACUACCUCUUGACUUCCGGCCGUGAGGUCCAAUACAUAUGGCGGCGUGGUUUCUCAGGUCCUGCGCUGUUGUUCUACACACUGCGCUACGCCACCCUAUGCAAUGUGUUCUUCGCUGUAACAGACAUUAAACCGUGGGCUAAUAUGUCUGAUCACGUUGUCCUGGUCAUUGUCAUCGUGCUCGGUUUAGUCGGCCCUGCGAUUGUCUUGGUGAGUGGAACCCGCUCUGGAUUCAUCUCCGCCCUACAACCCAUCCGUAUCGCGGACACCAUCUUCACUUUCACCGAGAUGGAUACAUUGUUUACGAAAAGGAUGAUCGGCGCACGCACGAGCAGCAUACUCGUGGACAUGCUCGUCCUCAUCAUCACUUGGACGCAGCUGUGGUACUACUCGAAUCGUUCCGAGGCGGCACAGGCCCGCGUAGGUUCUCGCCGGAGUGUUAUUAUGGUCUUCCUGCGCGACGGCACGGCCUAUUUUCUAGUGCUUCUGAUAGCAAACCUCGUCGGCCUCUCUCUCAUUCGACAAAUCAACCUGCUCGAGCCCGCCUCGACUUGGAUCUCGGCACUCACCGCGAUCAUGACCUGGCGCUUCAUCCUCGAUCUCCACGAAGCGGACGAUGCGCGUCGCGGCUCCUCUGCUACGGGGAGCAUCUGCGGGGCCGACACGGCCGCAACCGCACGGUCUUCCCCGGACUUGAUGUUUCGCACAAGGGCGCAGUCUGGAGGCGUGUUUAGCGUCCUUAUUGUGGACGGUGAGGCGUGCGUUGUGGAGGAGGAUGUGCAUGGGUCAGGCGAGGGUGUAGAGGCGAGCGAACCGGGAGUAGUUGUUUGCGGGGAUGCGCAUGUCUGA